UGGCUGCGGUCCGUUCUUAGCGCUCAGACACACACAGAGAGAGAAGAUGAACGCUCCACCGGCAUUCGAGUCGUUUUUGUUGUUCGAGGGGGAGAAGAAAAUUACAAUAACGAAGGACACCAAGGUGCCGAACGCCUGUUUAUUCACGUUAAACAAAGAAGACCACACGCUAGGAAACAUCAUUAGAUCACAACUGCUGAAGGACCCUCAGGUGUUGUUUGCCGGCUAUAAGGUUCCCCACCCACUGGAGCACAAGAUUGUCAUUCGUGUGCAGACGACACCGGACUACAGUCCUCAAGAAGCCUUCACAAAUGCCAUCACUGAUCUUAUUAGUGAACUGUCCUUGCUGGAGGAAAGGUUCAGGGUUGCCAUUAAAGACAAGCAAGAAGGAAUUGAAUAAAGACUACUGCUCCAUCUCUGCAUAACUGUCCACUGAUGAUGAUUCCUAACUCGUUAAACUGGAUUGUAUUAGACAUUUAUUCUAUUUCAGUCCAUCAAUAAGGAUGUUUGAACCUAAUGUCUAUUUACUAUACCAGUACCGUGUCUGCACUUGCUAAAAGCGAUAACGUCAAGCAUUUCCUAUGAAACACCAGUUUAUUAAACUUAUAAUGGAAGUCUAAGGGUAGUUGAUCAAUUUUCUUUAUAAUAUUGAAAACACAUAAACGACUAUUCUGCACAUUUUCUUUCAGAAUAAAGGUCUGAGGAUUAAAAUGAUACCUGAUUAAAUUAUCCAUGUUAGAUACCCGUACUUGACAAAGUAAGUAAAUAGACGCUAGGUUAAAUUCAUUUAGGGUACUGUGAUUGCUUCGACGUUUUUGUGAAUCACAUGUUGUGGUGACUGUAUUGUACAGUAAUGUACUAUUUCCAUUGCCUGUCUUGUAAUUUUCAUUGCAUCCUGUCUGUAAUUAAACUGCCUAAUUGUUGUUUUUUUUGUAUUUUGAUUGAGCAAAUACAUUUUAUACCUAAA